AUGCACGAAGGGAUUGAAAACCUGAAAUCCCUUUACGACCGUGCCGGGAAGACUUUCUCCGGCGGUCCUUCUGCGGCACAGGAUGUGCUGCGUCGUACUGCUCAACCAGACCCAGUACGUCAAUCAUCAGUUGGGAGCGGGGCUCCCAAGUAUCCCAGGACGGGGGAUAGCCGCGCCACCGGACGAGAUAACUCGUCCGACGUCCGUUCACGUCGCGGUGGUUCAACAGCUGCUCAACUAGAUAGCGCUGGCCACAGCGAGAGUCCUCUAAUGGAGGUGGAGGAGGAGAAAAGACGCUCUUCACACGAUCAUGGGGAUCCGUGUGUUCCCGAGAGCUUCUUUGAUCGCGUAACGCAAGGGUUACGCAACGAUCUCGAACAUGAGCGGGACAGGCGUCUCCAAAUGGCGGACACUGCCUCGAAGCAUCGAGCUGAGUUUGCCUUUGCUCAGCUUGAGAACGAGAGAUCUCUGACAUCUCUUCGUGACGAGCUAAGGGUAGCUCGUGGGAUUGUUGAUCGGUCUCGGGAUGAGAUAGCUGCUCUUCAGACCCUUGUUGAUGCCCACCAUCGGGAGCACAAGGCUUUCUGCGAGAUGCUUAAGCGCAAGGGCGUUCUUCAUCGGAAGAAACAGCGUACUGGUGGUACGGCUUAA